AUGGGAAACCCGAACGAGAGCCGGCCGUCGGCUCCUGAACAAAUGUCGAACUCCCCGCCAUCGACGGCGCCACAACAAGAACAUCUGCAGGGCUCCUCGUCGCGACCGCCCUCUUUCCCUUCCGCCCCAUCCUAUGAUGAACCGCCGCCCGAUUAUCAUGCGGCGGUCAACUACCCGAGUGUCCCCAGCUAUCAACAGCAGCAACCACCCCAGCAAACAGCCGUCAAGCCAUAUCCGGUACAACAAUCCUACGGGUCGCACACGGCUCCGUCGUACCCCACGCAAAAUGCCCCGGCUCCGCAUUUGAUCUACAGUGGCGGGUACCAGCAGUCGAGCGGCGGUGGUGCUCCCCCUCCUCCUCCACCGCCCGGCCAGCCUGCCGUCGUCGUCCAAGUCGUCCGGGAACAUUCGAAUGUGCUGCGAUGCGCUUAUUGCCCGAACGGAGUCGUAGUGCGCGAAACGGACGGAUGCUGCGUGUGCAUGUUGGUGAUCAUGAUGCUGUUCACGUUCCCGUUCGGGCUGCUUUUCCUGCUCUGUCUGCCGUGCGCCGUCCACAAUCGCUGUCAUCAAUGCCAUCGCAUCGGG